CAUUUUUUUGACGCUGUAGCUUGAGUCCGACAAAAGCAUACAGGCAACAUGGCGCUGAAUGUUCAGAUCAGCUUUAACCUUAAAAUGGUGGUGGCUAUCAUGUUAGGGGAGCUGAUCAGCGGCCUGUGGUACUCCGGCUUCCAGCACUGGGGUCGGGACCUGGGAGAUCGCUACCUCAUCACCGCCAUCGUCUGUGACGUCGGCCUGGUUAUCGUCCUGCAGAACCUCCGGGGCCGGUUCAUCUCGGUUAACCGUUGGGAGGAGGCGGUCCGCUUCAGCGUGUGGAUGGCUCUGGCUGUGGCCGCCUUGGAAGGACCCCACGUUGUCUACGGCAUUAGUACCUUCAGCUACUUUAUCCUUCACGUACUACACAAAUUUACGAUGGUUUGCGUCAUGUUACUCGUUAUGAUUUACUUCAAGUACUGAGGACAGUUCAGCGAUCGAAAUUAUGAUAAGAGGGACAACUAGACAUAACAGUACAAGGAGGAGUACCCAAAACUGAAUCAACAACAAAAAAUGAAUUUACGACUUUUACGUGAUAAUUACAGCAGCAAGAGCCAUUAAGAUGCACGAUGUUCCUUAUUGUAACAGAAAAAAAUUAUCGACCGCACGAGAUUAACGGAAUAGAUGGUAACAAUCCAGCGUUACGAUACAUGAGAGAAAAAUGGAGCGAAGAUGGAGCCUUCUUAUACCCGUUCGAUGUAUAUGUUCCAAAAAAGAGGGAAUUUUCGACCGAAGAAAUCACUUUUAAGGGAAUUUAUCGAUACCCUAGAUGGAAUUUAUGUCAUGUGGUUGCUGGAAGUUUUCAGUUGUCGUGCAAUAAUGCUUCGUUCGAGAAUGAAACCUGUCAUCAUUUGGAACGAUAAAUAACGUCCUUUGUGCAGAUAUGCAAAGUGCGAUCAUGUGAACAUUCAACGUUAUAUAGCCACAGAUCUCUUUGAUGGAAGGAAUCGUCUGUAGCUCACAAAUUAUUGUAGUUGUCUGAAUGUAACCAUUCGUCCCCAUUUCCAUUUAUUAGGGCUACCAACUUUUUUUAAGGUGCAUGCAUGAAGCCAUCUCGCGAGAGGCACCCAAAUUAAGGCAUUAUGUGGCUAUGAGAGUUAUACGCGACCCUAAAGUUAACACGGCUUCGUGCAAAACGAUGCCUUAUCUUUACUUCACUAUUCAUUUCCCUCCGUCCAUCAGAAGGUUUACACAUAUGUUCUGUCGUUUAAACCUACAUCUAUAGUACGUAGAUUAUAAAGAUCGAAUUUGACAUCUGUUUCAGAACUGUUUCCUAAGGCUGUGUAAUUAUUUCUACAUCUUUUACGAAUAAAUAUAGCCCUAUGUAGUGCUAAGGGAAAGAGGAGAAUGAUCAGAGUGUAACUCUUAUUUAGAACAAGACUAGUAAUGGUUGCCUGCACGAUGAAUUGAUACCAAACAUUCAAAUCUAUCUCAUUUCACACUUUAUGUGUAUAUCAAAGGUUUGGCAUCGAACUGAUUACGCAAACGUCUGGACCUGUCGUGUCGGGUUUCUGCUGCAAGUGCUAUAAAUGACCAAGGGAGGCUACUCCACCUUAAACUCCAGAGGCCAAUGUUAUAAAAGUUGUGUUCCAUUAAUCUCAUUUUCUGUUAAUUUCAUUUUUCAUGAUUUGAGAUGUUUUAGUUUUUAAAGUUUAUGUCUAUCCAACGCCUACAGUUUUGCCUUUUUAUUGCACCAUAUUUUCUAUGUCACCUUUGAAGUCAGAUCAAUGUGUCUAUAUACAACUCAUACAACGCACGUACUUGCAUAAUUUAUUCUUCAGAUCCUUCGCAUUUAAAUCAUUGUUGCAUGUUAUACAUAUCGCAUUUAAUUUGUACAUGAAUUGUUUAUGAAGUUUAAGUUGUCUUUACGUUUAUCUAGUGGCCACGUGCACCUCUGGAAGUUGUGCUGAUAAUUAUACUCUGUGGCAUAAUUUAUUCUUUUUUAUGAUAAUACUCUUAUAAUGUCAUCCACUUUAGCUUACGAUGCUAUUAAAGUGUUUACUCAUUGUUCCGAUCACUCUCUGGCUUACUCUUCUCUUGAUGACGUGGUGUACUUUAAAUGAAAAAGACCUCUAAAAAUCGAAGUAGGCAUCACUAAAUAGACCACUUAAAACUAUGCAUAAAUAUUGUUUCAUUUUUUUUUUUAGAUUUUUGUGAAAGGAGUUAAAAACGUUCAAACAUUUAAUUUCUAAGGUGGGCUUUAUCAACCAUUCUAUUAGAGUUCAGGAACUCUAACGUCACAGGAAGUUUUUCCAACUGUAAUCAGAACACUGGGUGUUGUAAUAACUCUUUUUACCCAUGAGUAAACGAUUACUGAAAUAAUGUUCCCCAAAAAUUCCUUGCCUCUGCUGAACAUCAGGAAAAAAAAGGUGAUGUGACGUCGACCUGAGAGUUCCUAGAUACCGUCAGUAUGGCUCAUAAAGCUCAACAUAGUAUUCAAAUAUUUGAAUGCCUUUAAAUACUCUUAAAAAUCUCGAAAAACAAAUGAAAGUAUUUUUACUGUCUGUAUGAUGAACCUUAUUUCCUAUUUUAGCUUUCUUUGACUUAAAUCUUAGUAAUGAUUACGUCAUGUCAAAUUGCAUGCGCUGUUGAUAAAGAUUACUCUCAGUAACAUCCUGUAAGGAUUACAGAUAUUGUAUUCUUUACAAUGAUUACUCUUUAUAAUGUAUUAUUCCCUUUAUAAAUGAUAUUUCUUUAAAAAUAUUACUCUCUAGUAUAUUGGACUCUUUGUAAGGAUCACUGUGUUGAUUACACUACUAGUACACUACCAGCACACUAAUGGUCACUGUUACUAUAUUUUUGGUAUAUGUACUACUUCUAAACGGAAAGAAACAAUCAUUUGCUGUACAUAACACAGGGCUUUCUUCACAUUUUAAAACCCAGCCCUAGCUUGUAAUUUUGUAUAUUUAAGUCAUUGUGAUUCCGUUUCCAACAUGAUUCACACAAACUAUACCUCUGAUAUGCAACGUUAAAUAUAACUUGCAUGAAACUAUGAUGGGCAUUAUGAUGUUUAAUUUCAAAGCUCUGUAAGCCGCUAAAAUAUAGUUUUCUUUUUUAAAGUA